AUGCUCAUCACCCGCUUGACGGCUUCAGCAAAUCUUCCCCACCACUGGGUUGAGAAUUCUGAGUGGGCGACACUUGUUGCCGAAUUUAUUCCAGGCGCGAAGCUUUUCUCACGAAAUAAACUGACAAAGACUCUCAUUUCGCAAGAGCUCGAGCGAGUUCGGAGCUUGGCACAGAAGAACUUGAAGGACUUGAAGGUUGCGGAAGGGACUUUCCAACUGGAUGGCUGGACAGGAGGCAAUUACCAUCACUUCCUAGGGUUCAUGUUCACCGCCGGAUCGAAGGUCUUUGCGGCUAGACUCAAGAAUACAUCGUGCGAAAGGAAGACUGCAAAAAAAUUACUUGCACAUGUGCGGGCCGAGUUUGCUCGUAUGGAGGAGACAUGGGACAUCAAACUUGUUGCCCUCGUUUCGGACAACAGCGGCGAGUCGCUAGUGGUGCGGAAGGCCUUGCAACUUGAAAGGCCAGAUCUUAUCAUCAUGCAGUGCUACGCUCAUCAGAUCAACCUUGUAGUUGGCGACUAUUUCAAGAAGUCCGGUGCGAAAUUUCUCGAAGCAUCCGCUGAGGCCGACCAAGUGAUCAGGUGGCUCCACAGCAAGACCCAAGUCCUUGCAAUACUUCGCAAGGUUCAGGAGGAGCAAGGCGUUUUGUCUCCUCUAACUGUUAUUUGCACUGUUCUUACUUGCUGGAUCUCUCAUUACCUUGCUUAUCGGCGUCUUCUCGACCUCAAGAACUGGAUCACACAGGUUGUCUCCCAGGAUAGAGGGCGCGUCGAGGCCGGACAAGAGAGUCAGCUGGUCACAGGCGAUAGGGAAGCAAAGGAAAAGGCAAACGAAACUCUCGCGAUCAUUGAUAAGGCUAUUUUUUGGCACCGACUCGCACGCAUCAAGGUACAUCUCACGCCGCUUGCGCUAGCUGCCAACAUUCUCCAGUCCACAUCGAGUCGACUCGAUCACGUUGCCCUGGUGUUCGGCACAUUGUUUCUUCGAUCUACUAACCUUGCUGAAGACAAGGACGCUGAUGCCAAUGAAGAAAAGAUCUGCGGGGCUCGAUGGCUGGACAGUGAUCAAGACAUCCUUGUAGCAGCGGUCAUCCUUAAUCCACAUACUCGAGCGGCGCCACUUAAGAGCUUCCGGCACGCAGACAUCAUAACGCUACUUGCCCGCAUUUGGAAGCGUCUGUUUUCAUCAGAUACUGUCCCGCCCGCGUUCUACAAUGAGGUGAAGGAGUACAUCUCAGACACCGGCACUUACGCAGACAUGCCAAACUUUGCUGCAUCGCUCUGA